CACUGCACAUAUGGCGAUGGGAUGAAUUACACCAGAAGCAAAGAAUAAGGUAUAGCUAGCGAUGCAUAUAUUCCGUGGUCCACGUACACACGAAACAGACAGCUGUAGUAUAUAUAUCUUAUAAAUAAGAAAAGCAAAAGGAGACGGUGGAUCGAUGCAUGAAUGGAAGAAAGGAAUUAUUGGAAGAGAGGGUUAGGAUCGAGCGGAGGCUGUGCUUACGUAAACGAAGCUAGCUGUACGUGGUUCUUCUGUGAUGAUCUGAUUAAGCAUCGAGAUCAGCUCAGCUGCAGUGUAGCACAACGUACAUACUCAUCUAAGUGCAGUAUUAGGCUAUUAUUAGCUAUACCUAGCCUGGGCGCGCGUGUUCGAUCCGAUUCCGAUCGAUCCGAAGCGAGCGAUGGCCCUCAACUAUGUGGGCUUGGCGGCCAUCAACCUGGUGGCUGCGCUGCUCUCCAUCCCUGUCAUCGCCGCCGGUAUCUGGCUCUCCGCACAGGUGGACAGCGCCUGCGUCCAACUGCUCCAGUGGCCGCUGAUCGGCCUCGGCGUCGCCGUCCUCGCCGUCGGUCUCGCCGGCUUCGUCGCCGCCUUCUGGCGCCUGCCCUGGCUUCUCCUCGCCUACUUGGUCGGCAUGCUCCUCCUCGUGGUGGCGCUCGCCUGCCUCGCUGUCUUCGUCUUCGUCGUCACCGGCGGCGCGUCGUCGGGUGGUCACACCGUGCCCAGCCGGGCCUUCCUCGAGUACGAGCUCGACGAUUUCUCGGGCAGCUGGCUACGCGGCCGCGUGGACGAGCCUGCAGGCAGAUGGGAGCAGAUCAAGACGUGCCUGGCCGCCACGCCCAUCUGCUCCGACGUCAACCAGACAUACGCCACGGCGCAGGAUUUCUUCUCCGCCUCCUGGCUCACCCCGCUGCAGUCCGGGUGCUGCAAGCCUCCCACCAGGUGUGGCUACACCUUCGUCACCCCGAUCUCGUGGAUUAGCCCCAUCAGCGCCGCCGCCGACCCGGAUUGCGGCGCCUGGAGCAACGACCCUUCUCAGCUCUGCUACUCCUGCUCCUCCUGCAAGGCUGGCCUUCUCCACAACCUCAGCAGGGAGUGGCGCCGAGCUGAUCUCAUCCUCCUCGUCGCCACCGUCGCGCUCCUCGCCGUCUACGCAUUCGCCUGCUACGCCUUCCGUACCGCCAAGACCGACGACCUCUUCCGCCGCUACAGGCAGGGCUACACGUAACGUAGCUCGAUCGUGCAUAUAUAUACUGGAGUACUAGUGCUUUAAGUAAUUUCCAACUCUCAUCCUUUUUACUUUGAUUUUACAUGCGUUUUCGUUUGGAAAUCUUUUUUUGUUCUGUCAACACUUAUUUAAAGAUAAUUUAAUUCAAUUGUUGACGCUA